GCAGUAAUUCCACAUUUUCUACUGGGCAGUCGGCAGACCAUCCCAAGUAAAACUGGAGCAAUUCAGGAUAUCCACCUUAUUCUAGGACGGCUUCUCUGUUUUUACAGUAAAUGUUACUGUAACGACUUGGCGCGACACAGGACAUCCCAAAAUGCAGCAAGUAGUGAAUGAAGAGGGUGCGGCGUAUGAGCCAGCCACACGCAGUUACAAUGACUUGUUUCCCGCUCUACCAGAGUCCACGUCCACAGCUCAGCACACCAAUAACACCAUGGGACAGUGGAACAACAAGAUGCGAGUUGGUACAUCAGUCAUCACUCAAGUUUUCAGAGUACCAUAUGAAGAACGUAAAUUAGAUCAUAGCGAUAAAUUUGGAGAAGGUGAAUCCUUUACAACAUGCGCUUCAAUAAUGAAAGAAACCGGUGCUCGCAUUGAAAUAUCUUCCAGCAAAGAUAUGUCUCUUUCAUUUUUGGUUACUGGUAAACAAAAUGAAGUGUUAGAGGCACGUCGUAAAAUUUUAAUACAUUUUCAAACUCAAGCAAGUAAACAAAUAUCAAUCCCAAAAGAACACCAUCGUUGGAUUCUUGGUAAAAAAGGUGAACGUUUAAAAGAACUUGAAAAGGUUACAGCCACAAAAAUAUCAGUGCCAUUAAUGAACGAUUCGUCUGAUAAAAUUACAAUAACUGGUACAAAAGAUGGAAUUGAAAAAGCCGAACAUGAGAUAAGAGUCACAUCUGAUGAACAAUCGAAAAAAGCUUUUGAAAGAGUUACUGUUCCAAAAAUUUAUCAUCCUUUUAUUGUUGGGGCAUACAAUGAAAAUUUAAAUCAAAUGAUUGCUGAUACCGGUGCAAGAAUUAAUGUACCUCCACCAUCAGUGAAUAAAGACGAGAUUGUUAUCGCUGGUGAAAAAGAUGGUGUUUUGGCUGCUAAAGCCAAAGUCGAGGCGAUUUAUAAAGAAAUGGAGGAAAAAUGUCAUAUCGUUUCUGUUGAAGUUGCUAAACCUCAACACAAGUAUAUUAUUGGACCAAGAGGGUCUACAAUUGCGGAAAUUUUACAAAAAACCGGGGUUAGUGUUGAAAUGCCACCGACGGAUUCUUCAACAGGGACGAUUACUUUACGCGGACCUCAUGACAAACUUGGAUUAGCUUUAAAUUUCGUUUAUGAAAAAGCCAAUUCAAGUUGUACAACUGAUAUUGAUGCACCAGCAUGGAUUCAUAAAUACAUAAUUGGAAAGAAAGGUUCCAAUAUUAAAGAGAUUACCCAAAAUUAUCCAAAAGUUCAUGUUGAAUUUACUGAUAAAGACAAUAAGAUUAAAAUUGAAGGACCACCAGAAGAUGUUAAAAAAACUAAAGAAACAAUUGAGAAUAUCGUAAAAGAUUAUGUUGCCAAAUUGAUUUUUAUAGAAAUGAAAGUUGAUCAAAGAUUUUAUAAACAUAUUAUUGGUAAAAACGGUGCUAAUGUGAACCGAUUGAAAGAAGAAACUAAUGUUUUAAUAAACAUUGAUGAAACUGGUUUGAUUCGUAUUGAAGGAACGAAAUUGGGAGUACAGAAGACUAAAUUAGAACUGGAAGAGAUGGUUAAAAAGUUAGAAAAUGAGAAAGAAAAAGAUGUUAUCAUCGAACAACGUCAUUAUAAAAACAUUAUUGGUUCGAAAGGUGAGAAAAUCAGGGAAAUUCGCGAUAAAUUUAAUCAAGUACAAAUUAAUUUUCCGGGACCGAGUGAUAAACGCGACGUAGUUAAAAUAAGAGGUCCCAAAGAAGAUGUUGACAAAUGCACGAAAUUCCUCCAAAAAUUAGUCAAGGAACUAAAUGAGGCUUCCUAUCAAAUAGAGGUGCCAAUCUUUAAACAAUUCCAUAAAUUCAUUAUCGGCAAAGGAGGCGGUAAUAUUAGAAAAAUCCGCGAAGAAACUCACACAAAAAUUGAUUUACCAGCCGAAGGUGAUAAAAACGACGUUAUUACGAUAACCGGAAAAAAAGAAAACGUCGAAGAAGCUAGAGAAAAAAUUCGUAGAAUUCAAGACGAAUUGGAAAAUAUCGUUAGCGAAGAAGUCACAAUUGACCCGAAAUUUUAUAAUUCAUUAAUUGGUACUAGAGGAAAACUAAUCCAUUCAAUUAUGGAAGAUUGCGGCGGUGUUACUAUUAAAUUCCCCACAGCUGAAAGCAAAAGCGAUAGAGUUACCAUUCGCGGACCUAAAGACGAUGUUGAUCGUGCUAAACAACAAUUACUCGAUCAUGCUAAUGAAAGACAAUUAUCUAGUUACUCGGCCGAAGUUCGCGCUAAAGCUCAACAUCACAAAUUUCUCAUUGGUAAAAAUGGGGCUAACAUCAAAAAAAUUCGUGAAUCAACCGGAGCUAGAGUUGUAUUUCCAACAAGUGCAGAUGAUGAUCAUGAAUUAAUUACUAUUAUUGGUAAAAAAGAGGCUGUUGAUGCUGCUAAAUUACAAUUAGAAGCAAGUAUAAAAGACAUUGAUAACAUUACUGAAAGUGAAAUGGUUGUUGAGUCUUGUUACCACAAACAUUUUGUGGCAAAACGCGGCGAAGUACUUCAUCGUAUAACUGAAGAAUGUGGCGGCGUGAUGAUCUCUUUCCCUCGUCCGGGAAUCGCAAGUGAUAAAGUUACAUUAAAAGGUUCUAAAGAAUGUAUUGAGGCAGCAAAACAACGCAUUGAAGAAAUAAUUUCCGAUUUGAAAUCGAUGGUGAUGAUUGAGUGUGUUAUUCCGCAACAUUUACAUCGUACCGUUAUGGGCGCAAAAGGACACAAAGUUCAAGGUAUAACAAUCGAUUACGACGUUUCGAUAAAAUUCCCUGAAAAAAAUAAAAUCGACGAUUACGAAGGUCAAAUAAACGGCGAAACUAACGGCGAUCCGGUUCGUCAAUGCGAUGUUAUUCGAAUAACGGGAAAAGAAGAAAAUUGUCUUAAAGCGAAACAAGCACUUUUGGAUUUGAUGCCGAUAACGAUCGAUGUUGACGUUCCUUUUGAAUUGCAUCGUUCGAUAAUUGGUCAAAAAGGGCGUGACGUUAAAGAAUUAAUGGAUACUUAUGACGUUCAUAUCGUUUUAUCUCCAGCCGACUUACGUGAAGAUAAAAUAAAAAUAACCGGCACACCAGCAAAUGUUGAACGUGCGAAAUUAGCAGUUUUAGAUAGAGUUGGUGAAUUAGAAGCAGAUCGUCGCGAUCGCGAAUUAAAAUCGUUCGCCUUGAAAAUUGAAGUUAACCCUGAAUAUCAUCCCAAAAUUAUUGGAAAACGAGGUGCUGUUAUCACUAAAAUUAGAUCUGAUCAUGAUGUACAAAUUAAUUUCCCGAAAAAGGGCGACCCAGACGAACAUAUUAUUACUAUUACUGGAUACGAAGAGAACACGCAUCGCGCUAAAGACGAUAUCAUGAAAAUCGUUAACGAGUUGAACGAUUUGGUUAAAGAGGAAAUUACGAUCGAUUCCCGCGUUCAUUCGCGACUUAUCGGCGCGCGCGGAAGAAAUAUCCGGAAAAUUAUGGAAGAUUAUAAGGUGGAAAUCAAAUUUCCAAGAAGUGAUGAUCCAGAUCCAAAUCUUGUUGUUAUUAUGGGGCAAGAAGAUAAUGUACUUGAAGCUAAAGAUUAUUUGCUCAAUAUGGAAGAGGAAUAUUUACAAGAUGUUGCUGAUCAAGAACACAGAGAUAGUUAUCGUCCUACAUUCAGUACUUUGGGCGAUAGUUUUGUAGGUGGUCGUUCAAAUGGUCGCGACAACAAUGGAUUCGUUGUACAGGGUGGUCCCUGGGAACAACAACGUGCGGCUGCUGUAGCUCCGAAUACAGCGAGCGUUACCGAAUUUCCGACGUUUGGUAACCGUAAUGCCAUUGAAGAGCCUCAAAUAACUCCAGUAGCCGGAGCUUGGGGUUCACGCCGUUAAAAAAAAUCGAAAAAGAUUAAAAAGUAAAACAAAUAAGCUAAAAACUACUACAUACGUUUACUACUACUACAAAAAAAUACUACUACUACCCCGUUUUUUUACAUGCUCAGUCCCAUAACAUAUAUUAUACAAGAGAGUCUUCAAUUUUUAUAGUUAGAUUUUUUAGAUUUACAUAGAGUAUUUGCGGGAUUACAAAAAAAAAGUAUUGAAAAACGACGAAAAAAAAAGGGUUUUUUAGUUAGGUUGGGUGGAUUUUUUUUUGAAGUUCCGGUUUGUUUAAAAAAACGAACAUCACUGCCAAAAUAUGAUUUCUAAGAUUUUUUGUGUGUUAUUUUGGGCGGACUGGUGCUUGUUAAAAAAGUUAUGAUUACAAAAAAAUAAAAGUUAUAAUAAUUAAAAAAAGAGAAAAAAAGGAGAAGCUGUAAUGUACUAACACUAGGGCUAAGUCUUUAGAAACGUACGAAAAUAAUUAAAAAAAAAAAGAAAAGAAAAAAAAUGAACCAAAAAAAAAGUAAUAUAACUGCAUCCUCUUCCUCACACUUGCUGCAUUAUGAUAGGCCUGGCUACGACAACGGACUCUGAUAUGGAACUGAAUUUAACACAGACGCAAUUCGAUUUAUAAAAAAAAGAUACUAAUUCUAAAAAAAAAUAAAAAAAAAGUGGUUCGCUCAGAAUACAAAAAUGAGGGGCGGACUAAAACUUUCUAUAUAAAGUCUACUAAAAAAAAAGGCCUACAUACGGCUCUAACCAAGUAGAGAUGUUAUGAUUUAUAAUUUUUGAACAUUUUUUUUAUAUUUUCAUUUUUUUAGUCUUGUUCUUAAUUUUUCCUUUUUGCUCAUACAAGCUGUUUCUGAUGGUGUAUAUAUAAAGAAAAAAGAAUUCAUAAUAUACUUUAUAUAUAUUAUAGUGAUUUAUACCUUUAGAAUAUUAUCUUUAUCAUGGUGAUAGUUUCCUGCAAUUUGUUUGUUUAAUAUAAUUUUCCAAACAUUUUAUCUUCUUCUUUUCUUUUGUGUUGUUAUAUAAACUCCUUGAGAAACACGCGUGUGAUUUCCAAUAAUAUAUCUUCCUUUCUUGUCUAUUUAAAUAAGCAUAGAAUAUGGUUUAAAAAAACUGUCCUAUACAGGAUGAGUCAAAAUAAUUUGUAAAAAAAUAAUGUAUAUUGAUGUAAUCAAAAAAAUUAGUUUCUAAAAUGAUUCUUCUAGAAGAUAUGGGGUAUUUAAAAGAUUGUGGAUAAUAAAAUUAAUAAUUUUGAUGUUCAGAAUGUAUACUGGGUGUUGGAUGUAGUGGGCUUCAAUGUUUGAACCUGUCAUGUUGAUGUUACUUCAAGUAGUUUAAUUUAAUUUUUUUGAUUUCAGAGGAAUAAAAAACAAUCACAAAAAUAAAUAUCCUGUAUCUUAGUAAUCAAUUCAGAGCUACAACUUAUUUUGAUAAUUAAAUUUUGUACAUUUUUAUGACUCACCUGUAGAUUAUGUUGUAAGUUUUUUUCUUUAAAUAUUUUAUUUUAUAUUAUUAAUAUAUUCGUUGUAUAUGUGUUGUUAAAAGUUUCAUUACGAAUAAGAAAUAAUAACAAAAAUGGAGGAGAAAACGAAAAUUCAAAAAUCAUUUUCCAAAAAUGAUUUAGUAAAGAAGUUAAAUCUUGCCAUCUUACUUUUUUACAAGUAUAACAUGUUUUAAUUUGUACACUUAAAAAAAGAGGAAAGAAAAAUUAUAUCUGUGAUAAUGAAACAUGCAAUAUUUGUAUAUGGGGACUUUAAAACCAGGUUUCUAUUAAAUUUUAAAUGCUUUUUUUUUCUCAGGAACGAUUAAUUUAUUAAUGACAUCAAAAAAAGAAAUGAAACUUUUAAAAAUACAAAUGUAAAUGAAUUCAAUAACAUUGCAUAUUAUAUCAUAUAGUUCUAUAUAAUUAAUUUGUAUAUUUUUUUUUGUUAAUUAUGUGAUUCUUGUAAUUUUUAUUAUUUUUGAGAUCGUCUCUUAGAUGCUUGUGUGUCAUAACUUCUCUGCCCCAUACGUUUUGAGGCGGUGCAAAGGUGCCUUCCUCUUUUUAUAUAAUGUGACCGUACCGAAAGAAAACUCCAAAAUAUAAAAAAAAGAUUUAAAACUGUAGUGCCACACACAGUGAGAAAAGACAUAACAUUUACAUUUUACAUAUAAACAUAAAUUAGACACAACCACUCCACACGUGUAAACUACAUUAAAAAGAAAUUUACGCAUUCGUUUUUUAGCUUCGUUUUCAGUUGGUGGUGGGAUGUUUACCCCAAUCUCAUAUUUUUCCUUAAUAUUAUUUUUUUUCCUUCUGUAUGGUUAUAAAUAAUUUUUUUUUGGUUGUUCGUAUGACAAUGUUUACGAAUCAGACUGAGUAAACUAUAUUAUUAAUGGCUCACAUGAUAUGAUUAUUUAAUUGAGAGUGUUUUAUUACUUUAUCUGGGUAAUAUUUAUGUAAAUAUUUGGUAUACUGAGUCCUCGUGGUCGAUUUGUUAGCCCAGGACUAACUGAGGGAGAGAAAUAUAUAAUUAAAAGUAUAA